CACACAUCAUGAAAUCCUUCAUCGCUAUCCUUGCCUUCGUGGCUGUCGCCACCGCUGACGCCCAAACCCGCGACGGUGAAGCGGUCAUCGUGAACCAAGACGCUGAUGUCUUACCCGACCAGUACCAAUUCUCAUUCAAGACCAGCAAUGACAUCCAAGCUCAAGAGAGUGGAGUCCUCGUGAACGUUGGAAAGGAAAACGAAAGUAUCCAAGUACAAGGAUCCAACUCAUAUGUCGGAACUGACGGCCAAGUAUACUCGGUCACCUACAUAGCUGACGAAGGUGGAUACCAACCUCAGGGCGCCCAUCUCCCCGUCCCACCAGCGGUCCCAGAAUACAUCCUCAGGUCUCUCGCCUACAUCGCCGCCAACCCACCAAAGCCUGAGCCUGGCCAGAGGGCUUAA